AUGUCAAGUUUCCAGAGAGAAAAUGACGCAGCUAAAUCUCUGUUCAGGAGGCUCGAGUCUGCAGUUACUCCCAUCGUGUCCGGAGAGUACAGUCACCACCGGGACAGAGCGGCGAUGGCAUCCCGGGUCUCCUUCACCCAAGUCCGUCUGGAAGCGGAGCUGGAGCGCUACCGGGCCGAGUGCCAGUGGGACAAGAUGCCGAUGAUGAUCGAACAGAUGAAGCUUGCGCGGAUCCACGAGGACGAUGACUAUGGGAUGCUGCUGCUGGCUGAGACGCUGCUGGAGGAGUGCUUGCAAGAAAACAUGGACCUGUUACGAAGCUCCACACCUUUGAUGGACAAGACCCAGCCCAGGCUGUCCCGGGCGAAAGGCCACCUCAAUGCCAUCCUCAGCCGAGGCCGUCUUACACCCAGGUAUUUGAACGAGGCUCUGCUGCUGAUGGCCAAAGUGCACUAUGUGCAGGGUCGCUACCGGGACGCCCAGGGAAUGUGUGCCAGGGUGGGACUGGAGGAGCUGACACGGGAUGAGCAGCCGACCUACCACCUCCGCCUGCUGGCUGAAGCUUUUGUCAUCAAAGGUCUGUCUCUGGACCACCAGACUGUCUCUGCAGUGUCUCGUGUCCGUCUGUCAGAGAGGGAGGAGGAGAGUCUGUCCUGUUACCUAAAGGCCUGUGAUGCUUCUCUGUCCUACCUGCAGGAGCUCGAUAAGGUGGUAACAACACCCAGCACCAAGACAGCCAAAGCCGGUCUGUUUCCUCCACCUGUGGAGAUCGAACUGGGCUACUUCGUACAGGCUUCCUUACAGAGUGCUUACCUUUGUCUGCUGCAGAGAGGUCAUCUUGCACAGGGUGCUCACCAACUGCGUAGGGUGCUCAGGGUGGUGGAGUCACGAGGGUCUCAGAGCUUCAGGAAGUCUGCAGCAAGGAAGCUAGCAGAGGUGCUGCUGAGCUCCGUGAGUGAGGACAGCUACUGGCCCCCGUUGGGCCCCCCACCCUCAGCCUGGCUCCACAGAGAGGGAGCUGCUGCCUCCAAAGACGCCAUCUACCCCACUGUUAAACCUCCACAACGUUACGGCACUGACUGUUGCUUCUGUCCUCAGGACGUGGUGGAGGAGGCUGUGUUGCUGCUGCUCAUCACAGAGUCCAUGGCCAGCGGAGAGGCGGUGAUCAGUCGUCUGCCAGACCAGGCCGAAGCUCGUCAGGCCAGCCUGCAGGAUGCCACCUCUGUCUAUGACCUGCUCACCAUCGGCAUGGCCAGGAGGGGGCAGUAUGGCAUGCUUUCCGAGUGUCUGGAACGAGCCAUGAAGUUUUCAUUUAACGAGUUCCACCUCUGGCACCAGCUGGGCCUGUCACUCAUGGCGGCCGGGAAGGGGGUUGGUGCUGUCUCUGUAUUUAAAGAGUGUGCCAGGAUGAGACCGGAGGAUCCCUCAUUGCCCCUAUUGGCUGCGAAAGUCUGCAUUGGUCAACUGCAAUGGUUCGAGGAGGCUGAGGCUCUGUCGCAGAGUGUGGCAUCUAUGGGGGAAGAAGCUGGAGAAUUUCUACCUCGGGCCUACCUGUCACUGGGUCUCUGCUGCAGUUUACAGGCCUCUGAUGCGCCUCUGAAAGCUGAUCGUGAUGAAUUCAACAAAAAGGCACUACAUGCUUUGAGCAAGGCUCAUUCAUUAGACCCCCUGGAUGCUCAGAUUGCUAUGUACCUGGCUCUCCAGCUGGCCCUCGUACGCCAGGUAUCCGCAGCCAUAGAGCCCCUGCAGGAGGCUUUAUCUCUCCGUGGGGACGACUUGCACUCCCUCCACCUGCUAACUCUGCUGCUGAGCGCCCAGAAACACCACCGUCAUGCCCUGGACACCCUGAACCUGGCCCUCAGCCAGCACCCCAGCAACUUCAAUCUGCUGUUCACAAAGGUGAAGCUUGAAGAGGCCCUCUUUGGCCCGGCUGCUGCCCUGCACACCUGUGAAGAGAUGCUGCAACACUGGCAGAGCCGCUAUGAUGUCAGCCGCUCCAGUGAGACAGAUGACAGCAGCAGUAUACCGAUGGCUGAGAGGGCAGAGGUCAGCCCUACAGCCAGGAAACCCUCCAUCCACCUCACCCUGCCUGACUUCCAGGACGCCUCCACUGGUUCGCUGAGCCCUUCAUCAGUUGCAGUAUCUCGUCUGGAAGCAGCACUCUCUGAGGUGUCGGACCUAAGCUCAACCCGUCGCCAAGGGCCCACCUAUAUCUGGACCACCCUGGAACGCAUUUGGCUGCAGGCUGGGGAGUUGUUCAUGGCGGACAGUCGGCUAAAGGAGGCCCAGUUCUGCAUAUCCGAGGCCAGCUCACUCUUCCCCAACUCGUACUCGGUGCUGCUGCAGCGGGGCCGCCUGGCUGAGCUCCGGGGCCAACUGGACGAUGCCAAAGGCCUGUACGACGAGGCCCUGGCCAUCCAUCCCACAGGAGAGCGCAUUCUUGUGCACAUGGGCCGUCUGCUGGUGAAAACUGGGCGUGUCCACCUUGGGGAGAAGGUCCUGCGUGAUGCGGUUCAGGUCCACAGCACCUCCCACGAGGCGUGGAGUGGCCUGGGCGAGGCCCUGCAGUCUCGUGGUGCCAGCCAGGCCCCCGACUGCUUCUUGACAGCCCUGGAGUUGGAGGCUUCCUGCCCCAUUCGGCCCUUCAACAUCAUCCCCAGGGAGCUUUGAGGGGCCUGGGCUGGGGUGGAGGUUUGGGUAAAGCUAAUAGCCUGUUGAUGUAUAAUUAUACAUUGGUGCAGAUACAUUGAAAAGCAGUGCUGGGUGAAAAAUGUUUCUUUAAUGAAAAGUCUGACAUUUUGGGAAAUAGGCCUGUCUGCUUUCUCGCCAAAAGCCUGAUGAGGAGAUUGAUACCACUCACAUCUCUCAGAUAAAUAUAAAGCUACAGCCAGAGGAUGGUUAGCUUAGCGUAAAAGGGACCUAUUAUGCUUUUCCUUCUUUUUUGUCAUAUAUAUAAUGUUACAGUGUCAGCUAUUCAUAAAAAAAUAUGGCCAAAGUUUUGAAUGAUAAGGUCAACUUAUGUAAAAGUAAUCCCUGUCAAUAAAAACCUCAGGCUGCAGACCAUUUUAAAUACUCUGUUACCAAUGUUUUCCUACUUUCAAGACAAGCUGACAUCAGCUUGUGAUGGAUUACUUUAGCUCCAGCUCCAGACAAGCGUUAACAUUACGUAGCCUACACUGCUACAUGUAGCUGUAUGCUAACGUCAUGUUUUCUUGGUUGCUGAUGUUGUUAAUUUCUCCCAGUUGUUCAGUGAAGAUUUUAUUUUAAAAGCUUCUGGUGAUCUUUCAAAGUAGAAAGUGCUGCUAUUCUCUGUUACAGUCAUUCCCUGGUUGCAAUGACGGUGCAGUGUAAAGACACCAAGAUACGAAAGACCUGGAAACACUGACCAAUCAGAGCUGACUGGGCUUUUUCAGGAGAGGAGAUGAAAGAGAUGGACGCUGAAAUGGAGCGUUUCAUGCAGAGAGUAAAUACAGGUCUAUUUAGGCAAACAGUAUGAGGAAAAUAAACUGUAGUAGAAACCCCAAAUAGAGGUAUGAAUCUGAAAAUGAGCAUAACAAGUCCCCUUUAAGAAAUACUCAAGCACAGAAGCCUGGUAAAACCACAAGUUCUUUUGUAGUCUUUCGCCAGAGCCAAUUUCAGUGUUUCCCCGUUUCCACUCUUUAUGCUAAGCUAAGCUAAUCAACUCCUGGAUGUAGCUUCAUAUUUAGCGAUCAGAUAUGAUUGUGGUAUCAAUAUAAUCAUCUAUCUGUCUGCAAGAAACCGAUUGGAGUGCAUCUUCCAAACUUCAAAGUAUUCCUUUAACAAGUAUUUCUUAAUUAUUGUUAAAUCUCAGUGAGUUUCAUUGUCACCCUCUUAAUUAUUAGUCUAACUGUCCAAAUACUAUAUGAGAAUUCCUAAAUUAUCAGAUGGAGAACUGCAAAAAAAAUGUCCCUUAAUGUUGCAUAUUUACACACAAAACAGUGACAAUAAUAUUGGAUAUUAAUACUGUGUGUGUGCAGGAAAAGCAACAGAGACAGAUUUCAGAGCAGUGCAAAGAAAGAAUCAUGUUUAGAAAUGUAAGUAUUGUAAGGAUGUACAUCUCCUAUGGAGUUAUAAGCACAGAAGUAAUAGCUCUUUUGCAAUUUGUGACAAAUGAGUAAUAUUUUAAAUAAUCAGAAUUAUCAGGUAUCAGUUUAUUGGUUCAUAAAUCACAGAGAUGUGCUGGUUACAUCUUGAGAUAGAAUGUAUGUUAUGUAGAAAUGCAGAUACAUAGAUUAUGUGUAGGCUGUCAGUUACAACAGCAGCUCCACUUCAUCUUUAUUUUAGCCCUUGAUGUAUUUUUGAUGAUCAUGUUGAUUGACGCAGCUUUCAUGUACACACACCCUCUCAUUUUCAAAUGAGAGCUCAUACAUUUUCUAGCAAGGACAAUCACAUAUCAUUCAAUAUGUCUUCAUUAUUUAUGUGUGUGCCUGUGUGUUUUCAUGCAGUAUGUCUUCUUAUUGUGUAACUUCAUGUAUGUGUGUUUGUUUUAAACCGUCCCUCUGGGGUGUUAUCAGUC